AUGAGAUUACUGCUGUUUAAUUUACUCCUGAUAGGCUUUGCGUACUCACAAUGUCCCACACUGCAACUACAGGAGCCCUGCACUUGCACAUCUACAAGAUAUGAAGCAGUCAGUAUAGUCUGUGACGGAGGAAGUUCCCUGGACGCUGUUCUCGAAUCGUUGUCCAAUUCCCCACCGAACAUUGACAGUCUCACAAUAAGUAAUACCCCCAUCGAAAAGAUGCCAGGAUACGCGUUCCAAGGCUUUCAAAUCAAAAAACUGUUCUUGCGAAACAACGGGCUGAGAAGUUUCCAUCCGAACACUUUCACUGGGAAUCUCGAAGAUUCACUUGAGGAAUUGGAAGUUCGCGGAAAUUAUUUGGAUGGGGUUCCUCAAUCUGGAGUUUCCAUUUUGAAGCAUUUAAAGAUUCUAUCGUUGCCAGAUAACCUCAUCGAAUACGUCCAGGACAACGCAUUCCUCUCCUACCAUAGUCGAGACUCUAUUCUAAAAGUUGAUCUCAGCGCUAACAACUUGACCGCUAUCCACCCAACUGGUCUUCUCGGUUUGGAAAAUCUCUCUCAACUAUCUCUGGAUAAAAAUUUAUUAUCCGAAAUUCCAUCGCAAGCUCUUGAGAAUGUUGCGACACUGGAAGACUUGAGUCUCGGAGUCAACAAGAUUCAUGUGAUUUCGAAAAACGCGUUGCCUCUUCCGAACUUGAAGUCAUUGAGUUUAGAAGUGAAUCAGAUCCGCUUAAUCCCAUCUGACAGUUUCGAGCAGACACCUCUACUCUCCUAUCUUUAUCUUGGCAACAACUUGCUCACUGCUAUUGAUGCAUCCAUGUUCCAUCAUAUCGGAGGGCUCAAGAUCAACUCAAUUGACGACUUCGCAUUCAGCCAGCUACCAAUGCUUGUUUCUCUCGAUUUGAGUAGUAACAGGUUAGAAACAUUGCCGAGCAAUGUUAUAUACGACUCAUUGAUGCAAAAAAAGACAACACCAGUUCAAAGAAAGUUGUCGAUUCAAAAUAACCCCUGGCGCUGUGACAAAGACCUGUUGUGGCUGCGCAAAUGGCUCAGAGAGAACGGUGAUGUCACAACCACUUCGAAUAAUUCGCCACCAGCCAAAUGUUGGACACCUUCAAAUCUCAGUGGACUAGACUUGCGACAGACAGACUCCAAGCUACCACUAAAAACGACAAAAACUCCAAAUCAUGAGUUUCAAGUGAAAAACCAACAUGUACCAAAUACGAAUGGCACCAGCCAGCUAGGUUAUCAGAAUCCACAUACCGAAGUGAACGGAUUGGCGUUGGUUGGCCUAAUUUUGGGUAUCGUACUGAUUGUGUUCGUUAGUUGUAUUGUGUUGGGAUACCUAAUGCGAUUCAUCUUCCUCUCCUAUGAGUCUAAAACUAAGCCAAACGUGUUUGGCUCUACAAUCAGCUCAGCUGGAUGCAUUCGGAAUAUGUAUGGCGGAGAUGGCACGUUAGUAUCUGAAGACCACGGACACCCGUCCACAGCUAACAAUAAUGUCUAUCUCAACCGACCGCGUCAUUGGUGGUUUUAA